AUGAAGCUGCCUUUCUUUUUACUACUACUUAUUAUUCCUAUUGGAUGUCAACUACACGAUAUGGAAAUGACCACCCAGCCUUCCUGGGCGCCAACAGGAAGGUUAAACCAGUUCAAUGGAUUCGCAACACCUCGACCAUCGCUACUACCAGCUAAUGCUCAAAUGGUCUACGCCUCUGUGUGGGCCGCCUGGUCCGCUUGGUCCUUCUGCUCCGACUCCAAACGCAUCCGUGUCCGAGCGUGCAACACAGUUCGUGGCUUCCGAUGCCUCGGGCCUAACCAACAAACCGAAGCAUGCGAUCCAUCGACAUCUCCAAUUCUCGGAAGACCUCCAAGACCCAAUACGAUCAAUGACUAUGAUACUGUAGAUCCAUGGCAAGAGGAUCGUGUGGAGGCGUUGAAGCAGCUGUAUCCAGAUGAAUCGAUUGAUGAGAAGUUGAAUCAUUUGCCUGAUCAUGAGAAGGAAAGACUGAGAGCACGUCUACUUCCACCACCAACUCAGAUGAGUCAUGAGCUUUUGAACAGGCCGGGGAAUGAAAGGGAUGGUGCUCCAGGAGCAACUCCGGAGAGACUUUUUGGUGCCAGGGCUUUGGGCUCCAAGAGCUUUGCAGUUCCCAAUACCCCGAUUCAAAUCAACGGAAAGGAUGCUCUAAAAUUUCCAGAACUUCUAGCAGAUGAUCAAUUCUUCUCAGACAUUUCCAAUGCUGAGAAAUCAGUAGUCUCGGAUAAUCAGAAUCAAAAUCAAAAAUUGGAGGACUUUUCGAAAAUAGAAGACUUCCAAGCUUCGGUAGACGCUGCUGAGAAUCAACGGAAUCUGGAAGAAUUUGAGAAACUCGUGGAAGAACAUGAGAUUCCUAGGCCACCAAAGAAUCGCGGAGAGGGGACAUUUAGUGCGAAGAAGGCUCCAGAAUCUGCUCUAAAAAAAGAAUCCGAAUCUUCGGAAAUGCAAAAAUUGGAAGAAUCGAUGGAUGGACCACAGUUCCGGGAGAAAGAGUUUAAGGAGGAUGUUUUUGGGAGUAUUGAGGACUUGAUGACUACAAAGACUACACAGACUACACAGACUACAACUCCAUCGACCACCACCACCACGACUACAACUCCAAGGACCACCACAACUACUGCUCCGACCACGACCACAACCCCUACGACCACCACGACCGCCUCGACCACUCGCCGACCGCCGACACGUGUCACUCCACGCCUACCUACAGUAAUCCCAGAGGAUCAUGUAGAAUUGGUCACGCCCACAAUGGUUUUCAAAACUGCCGAGCAGAAAAUGAUGUCUCCCGAAGUUAUAAACUUUUUCGAGGAGGUGGAGCAUGUGAUGGUGGAGCAGGCGGCGACGACGAGGAAACCAUGGAAGAACGCGAUUCACUAUGGAGAAGUGUUCCCACGAAUUCCAUUCGCCACGCUCACUCAAACUCCGCCCCCAACGACAACCACCACGACGCCAUCAGGAUUCCCAAUUCCAGAAGAGAUAUCGCUUGACACGUUGCACGCGUUGGAUUGGAUGCUGGCUAAUAUGACGAAGGCUGCAGAAGAAGGAGGAUUGGGAGAUGGAAACGAACUCCGCCUCCGUUUGGACUCCUCCUCGCCAAAUGAAUCGAUUCCUGCAUCCACAAAACUCCUUUCGAAAAAACCAAAAUCUUCCAAAAAAUCGAAAAAGAAUCGUGUCAAGACCCACCGUACAAAAGUGAUCCAAUUGCAUUACGGAGAAGUGAAUCCGGCGGAAAAUGCGGAUCGAAAAUUCCCGAAAUUCCGAAAUCGAAAUGCGCAUCGUGCCAAGAUUUUUGGAAUUAAGACGUCGUCGAUUCCAGAAGACCAACUGAAAAUUCAGACGAAGAAGGAGGAGCUGGUGGAUGAGAUUAAUGAUUUGAGAGAUUUGAUGGAGCAAAUGGAUGAGAGAAUUGAGUCGAGAUCCGCUCUGAUGGAAGAGAAUUUCGAUAGUUUAGUCAAACCGAAACAUGAACACGACUCUCCAUACCGACAUCGACAAGUCUAA